AUGCAAAGAAAGGAACUCCUCGAUGUUACGGUGGAGGCAUUACAGAAGGCCUCUCCUCGCCUUCAGAACAUGCAACUAUUGACGGUUCGUAAGAAGGUUCUCCACUUCUUCAAGAACGAUAGAGUUCGGAAGAUUCAAGGUGGCAGACGCGUUCCUCCCAACGCAUGCAUGCUAUUUUCUACGCGCGUCCGUCACGAUGGUGUCAGCGCAUUGUGGGCAAAUUCUGAGGAGAGGCAGAAGGUAUGGAAUGCUUCGCUGGAAUGCGAGAAGGCGAGCGGCGCAGUGAACGAUGGCAACCACCUGGGACUUAUCUCCUCACUCAAGGCCUCGCUUUUCAAGAAGCUGCCAGUGGAGGAGCAGAAGGAGUGGGCCGAGAAAGCGGAUGCGCUGCGCAGGGAGGAGGAAAAUAUGAGCCUCGAUGAGGCCAUCGCUGCAUAA